ACCCACUCCUCUCCCUCCGCCCGUCCUAAACUCUCCCCUCCCUCGCACACACGCCGCCUUGAUCUGGCAGAGACUGGGCGGGUUCCUGCCACAGCCUUUUCCACUCCCCCUGUGUUCGGAUGACGGGCACCAGGGUGUCAUUUGCUCCGCUCCGCCGGCCUGCGAGGGGCUGCUGGACGAGUCCCCCACCUUGGUCCCCCGCCGACGGGAGAAGACGCAGAAUGCGAAGCACAAGGAGGUAACGGAACACAACCCCACCAAAGGCAAGGAGCUGGUGCGAUGAAGAAACUCCAGAGCAGAUAUCUGUUCGUCAUCGCCGCUUACUCGCUGCUGCUGCUGACCAUUCCUUACGUGCUGGACUGUCACAACGACCGCCGUGGCCCCAGGGAACCGUACCUGGUCGAGGUGGUCCAGAAGGAGGUGGAACCAGCCCCCCGCUUGAGGGAGAGCGGCAACGCGAGCAGUUGGACCCCGAGGCCGGGGGCGAAGCAGAAACAGCACAUUUACUUGCACGCUACCUGGAGGACGGGCUCGUCGUUCGCGGGAGAGCUGUACAACCAGCACCCGGGGGCGUUCUACCUGUACGAGCCCAUGUGGUUAAUGUGGCAGGCUCUCUACCCGGGGGACGCCGAGAGCUUGCAGGGGGCAGUCAGGGACAUGCUGCGCUCCCUCUUCCACUGCGACUUCUCCGUGUUGAAACUCUACUCAGCUCCCGGCCCCCUGACCACUCGCACCGUCUUCGGCUGGAGGAACAACAAAGUCAUCUGCUCGGCGCCUCUGUGCGGCGCCUACAGCAAGGACAGGGUGGAGUUGGUGGACGGCAGCGUGUGCGAGAAGAAGUGCGCUGCCAGGGACAUCAAGGAGUUGGAGAGCGAGUGCAGGAAGUACGACGUGAUGGUCAUCAAGGAUGUCAGGGUGUUGGAUGCGGACAUCCUGCUCCCGCUGAUGCACGACCCGUCCCUCAACGUCAAGGUAGUUCAGCUGGUGAGGGACCCUAGAGCGGUGCACAACUCCCGGAUGAAAUCCAAGCUGUCGCUGGUGAAGGAGAGCAUUCAGAUCUUGAGGAGCAGGAGAUCGGAGAGGAACCAGCGAGCCAUCCCCAACAGGUCGCAGAGGGCGGACACCUACGUGUCCAACGCCCUGGAGGUGAUCUGCGAGGCUUGGAGCCGAGACCAGACGCUGGUCAAAGAGGCCCCAGCCUGGAUCAGGAGAAGGUAUCUCACCAUCCGCUACGAGGACUUGGUUCUGGAGCCGGUGGAAGGUUUGCGGACCCUCUACACCUUCGCCAACCUGACGGUCACGCCGGCCACCGAGCAGUACGUGUUGAACAUGACGAGGGGGGUCGGCUACUCUUCCGACAAACCCUUCCUCAUCUCUUCCAGGGACGCCAGGGAAGCCAUCGGCGCCUGGAAGAAACGGCUGAGCUUGUGGCAGAUCGAGCAGGUGGAGCAGAAGUGCCAGAAGGCUAUGACAUUGCUGGGCUACCUGACAAAGAAACAGGGCAACACGUAGACCCACCAGCCUGUUAAUAUUCAGAGAUCGGACGAAGGUAAAACAAAAACAAAAAAACGAGAUUCACGCCAUGCCGUGGUGAAACAGGAAUAGAGUGGUGGUCUAUGUUUAAAAACUUGAUCACACUGUGCCAUAUUUUUGUACACCCCUUGAAACAAAGUCGGUAAAUAAAUAGUCAUCCAAAUCUGGGACUUGUUUGGUACACGUAAA